AUGUCCAGUUCGGGAACAUUUUCAUACGCUCAGGCCGCUAAAGGCCAACCUACUACAAUGCAGUCUACUACUGCGUCCCAGUCGAGUUCGGAGAGUCAAGCGCUAUCAACGACAAGCACACAAAGUCGCGAUGUUGUCCCUACGCCUAGUACGCGGGCCCCAUCCGUCGCAAUCUCAACAACAUCGAAUGAAUUAGAUGGCUCGCAAAAUACCAGGAGCUCCUCUGUCAAGGCCGAAUCUGUUAGCUUAAAUAGCGCCGAUUCAGAUAUCGCCUCCACCAGCGAUAAAGCAGCGGAGCUAUCGAGUCUACCGAGCCAGGGCGAGAAGGUGUUAGGUGAGGUUGUACCCCAAAGCGCCGGGAGGCGAGGGCGUGGUCAGACCCUUACCUCGCAGACAACGGAUAGUGGAGAUGGUAAGAGAGGUCGAAAGGGCAAGAAGAGCAGAGCAACCGAAAAGGAGUCUAGUCAAGAUCAGGACCAAGAGAAGAAGGAGAAUCUACCUCCUAAGCCAGAGCUGUCUGAAGCACCGGUGCCGGCAGUUAACGUAUGGACACAGAGGCAGGAAGCCAGAGCUGCAAAGAUUAAGACCAUCUCCCCCACAACUACACAACCGCGUAGUUCUAGCAGCGCGACAGCAAACCAACCUGACGGACUGUCCAAUGCAACAACACAGGAUCAAAAGCAGAAGUCACCCCAGAAUGAGGGUGUCGAGGUAAACGCGGCCCACAGCAGGCCGUCGUCGGGUAACAUGAAGCCUAAGAAGGAGUUCGAUCAAUUCCGAAGCAAUGGCAAUCAAACCACCCGUAGAGCGGCGCCAAGGGGCGCUAGGCUAAACAACGGCGAAGAAAGAGCCAGUCUUGAGACUCUAAGCCCGGCCGCAAAUAACACUUCAUCCUGGCCAACGCCUGAAACAGCAGCAAGCGGAUUGAAGACUCAAGCUCAGACUGGAAAGUCCGAAAAAGAGCAGAAGGAUGAUUCUGCUCCGAGCAAGCCUCGGAGCAAGAAGGAGUGGCAACCCAUAGAGUUCGUACCUAGUGUGUCAUUCAACACGCCUAUACCUUCGAGAGGCGGCUCGCGGGGCGGUCGUGGUGGUCUCAGAGGUGGACGGGAUGCUGCGGCAAGGGGCAAUCACGCUGCUACUGCCUCACUUGAUCGAACUCAGUACAAUGGCACGGCUACGGGAUCGGCCACGAUUGCAGCAUCAGCGUCCAAGCGUGCAUCUAUUGACAUGUCCACGGCUCGCGACAGCCGAAAGCUGCAGGCACAAGCAGCCUCGGGGAAGACGUCGGGAGAAUCACAAUUCGUUGGCUCAAAGGCGGAUGCGUCAAAGCAAAACUCGCCUGAUCCUGCAAUUAAUGGAGCUGCGGGACAGCAUGCUCCUGCACGUAUCGCGAGCUCGAAUCAGCGAGCUGAUGAGACGCAAAAAUCAUCACCGCCCGUAAGAGAUGGUGUUAAGGAUUCCAGCUUCCAGAGCCAAAAUCCUGUGAGCCGUAAUGAGCGCAUGAGAGGUGGCGCCCGCGGCCGUGGAGGUCAUUCUGCCGUGAACGGAGCUGGCCAUUCGCAAUCUCAAUUUAACCAGGGCUCCAACGGAUACUACCCGAGUAAUGGAAAUGUACGACAACCCAGUCAUCCGUACACUAACGGCUACGUGCAAAUGCCAUACGGGGGUGCAUAUCCAGCCCAGGCAACCGGAAGCCAACACCGUAGUCGGCCCAGCUCGGGAAGCAAUCGCGCACAGCACGCUAGACACCCAUCUUCGAGAGCCUCUUCUUACCCAGCAGUCGGCAUGCCGUACGAACCCCCGGCGUAUCCGCAAAGUAACGGUCCGUACGGUGGAUAUGGAGACCCUAGUCACCUAUUAAGUGGAGUAUUAUCACAAGUUGAGUACUACUUCUCUAUCGACAACCUCUGCAAGGAUACAUACCUUCGAAAGUGGAUGGAUUCUCAAGGAUUUGUACCCCUGCCCAUCAUAGCUGCCUUCAAGCGAAUGCAAGAGAUAGCCGAGUAUCCGAUCAUUCGCAUAGCCUGUGACACUUCUCCCCUUAUCGAGUUUGUCGUAACGGAAGACGGGCAAGACAAGGUACGACGCCGUGAGAACUGGGAGCAGUGGGUCCUAGAAAUAGGAACGCGAUUCCCACAAGCCCAAAAUGACGGACCAACGAGUUACCGUCCCUUCAACAGCCAGUUGAUGUAUUGGCCCCAGAUGAAUUCAUAUGUGGGCGAAGCACCUCACAUGUUCUCACCAACUAAUGCAGAUGCUCAUUUCACACCUUACCUUUAUGGAAAUGGCGUGGCCUCCCCGACGAGCAACGGGAUCAAUGGCAAUACUCAUCCCUCGGAUUCCCAGCUUUCUGCAGCAGUCCCAGAGUUCUCCCCAAUCGGUAAUCCCACCAUGGGCAUGACGAGCCAGGAAGGCGAAGCCGUGCCGGCGUUCUCUAGCAAUGGUCUGGUGUCAAACAACGCCGACCGAAAGACUACGACUUUGCCUUUUGGUGAACAAGUCGGUUCGCUCCCUAAUGGCUCUCACAGCUCCGGAAGGGAAGAGCAGGCUAGCAUAAGCGACGAAACGAUCACAAAUGGUACCGGUGCCGGUCCUGAGCGCGAGGCGUAA